AUGCUAGGGGGCUACUACCAUCCCUCUCUGUCCCCUGCAUCACGGCAUAUUGAGGCUGUCAAGUGUGUUUGGACGGUGGCUGCCCUACAGCUUGAAUACUCAAAAUUCUGGAACAUUCUGUCCUUCAUCUUCAGCGUUCAUGAGAUCAAUCAGAAUCCUAGGCUGUUGCCCAACAUUACUCUGGGCUACAACAUCUAUGAAACCUUGUCCAGUGAAAGACUGAUUUUUGAUGCCAUGGUUGAUCUGAUAUCUGCUGAAUGGAAGAACGUUCCCAACUAUCACUGUGGAGGUCAGAAUAACUCACUGGCUGUUCUUGAAGGAGGAACCUCUGACAUCUCUACCCACAUUUCCAACAUAUUGAGCAUCUACAAAAUCCCACAGAUCAGUUAUGGAUCUGAUAAGCAAAUCAAUGAGGAAAAAACUCAGCUACCAGUUUUCUACCUAAUAAACCCCGAAGAGAAGGCUUAUUUUCUGGGGGUUGUCAAACUGCUCCUGCAUUUUAGAUGGACAUGGAUUGGUUUGAUUGUUCCGGACACCGACGAUGGAAUGGAGUUCUCGAGAACCAUGAAAGCGUUGAUGACUAGUAAUGGUAUCUGUGUCGUCUUCUCACACAACAUCAAAGGAGAGACGGCAAUUUUCCAAAGCAUGAUCCUAGCAGUGGAUGAUAUAAUUUUCUCUCUGAGUCAGACAAAAGUUAAUGUGCUGGUUUUGUAUGGAGACUUUAACUUCCUGUUUUUUUUCAUGUACUUUAAGAAAACAAUUGAUAACAUCAUGGAUUCCAUAGCGGGAAAAGUUUGGGUCACAGUGUCUUUGCAGGUCAUCAGCGCGCAUCAUGAUAUGCACGGCUCUUUGUCUGUAAUCCAGACACGAAAGAGGCAAACACAUGACAACUCUGACACGCUUUUCAGUCGUAUGAAUCGGUUUGGGGAGGAAGCUUUUAAUUGUUCGUAUUCCAAAUAUGUGCGGUCUGCAAAAGGCCAGCAGAGAUGUGCCGAGAAGGAUAAACUGGAAGCUCCUACUCAAGAUGUGCUUGAAAGAGUCCUAUAUGAUGAAGGCCACAAUAUUUACAUUGGUCUCCAGGCUGUGGCUCGUGCCUUGCAUUCUGCAUACACAUCCAGGAAAGGUCCGCUGAAGGUGGGAGGUGGAGAAAGACUGGAACUUCAAAGGGUGCAGUCCUGGCAGCUUUAUCCUUUCCUGAGGAACCUCCAGCUUUACAAUACUUCUGUGGAGGAGAAUAGGGAUCCAUCAGCAAUCCUUGACAUCGUGAACUGGGUGGUGUUCCCCAACAAAUCCUGUGGUGGAGUGAAAGUCGGCAGCAUAGAGAGAAAAACAUUCACAUCCAGGAAGUUCUCCAUCGAUCAGGAUGCCAUUGUGUGGCCUCGGGGGUAUAAUCAGACCCUGCCCCAGUCCAGGUGUACCGAGAACUGUCAGUCAGGAUCCAUGAAGCUGAUUGGGAAAGAAAAGCCAGUUUGCUGCUACACUUGUGCUCCGUGUAAGGAAGGAACCAUCUCCGUUCAGGAAGAUGCAGACCGCUGCGACAAAUGUCCAGAAGAUCAGUAUCCAAACAAGGACCGGACUCAAUGUGUCCCCAAAAUUAUAACUUUCCUGUCCUAUCAAGAACCUUUGGGAAUCAGUUUAGUUUUCUUUGCCCUGCUGUUGGCCAUAAUGACAAGUUUUAUGCUGGGAAUCUUCAUCAAAUACCUGGAUACUCCAAUAGUCAAAGCCAACAACCGGGACCUCACCUACAUUCUCCUCGUCUCCCUCCUGCUUUCCUUUCUGUCCUCCCUUUUAUUCAUUGGGCAGCCAAGGAAGGUGACCUGCCUUCUCCGACAAACCACCUUCAGCAUCAUCUUCUCAGUUGCUGUCUCUUCUGUGUUGGCCAAAACCAUCACUGUGGUGGUGGCCUUUAUGGCGACUAAGCCGGGAAACAGGAUGAGGAAAUGGCUGGGAAGGAGCUUGGCAAACUCCAUUGUUCUUUCUUGUUCUGUUGUGCAAGUUGGCCUGUGCGUCAUCUGGCUUGGGAUCUCUCCCCCCUUCCCAGACUCUGACAUGCACUCCCAGCCUGGUCAGAUCACCCUGCAAUGCAAUGAAGGGUCUCUGGCCAUGUUUUAUGGUGCCCUGGGCUACAUGGGCUUCCUGGCAGCCAUCUCCUUUGUGGUGGCUUUCCUGGCCAGGAAGCUUCCAGGGGCCUUCAAUGAAGCCAAGCUGAUCACCUUCAGCAUGCUGGUCUUUUGCAGCGUAUGGGUGUCCUUUGUGCCCACAUACCUGAGCACAAAGGGGAAAUACAUGGUAGCCGUGCAGAUCUUCUCCAUCUUGGCUUCCAGUGCUGGAUUACUGGGCUGCAUCUUCUUCCUCAAAUGCUACAUUAUUGUAGUGAGACCUGAUCUGAAUACCAAGGAGCAUCUAAUGAUGAAAUCUGAGGGUGGCAUCUGA